ACAAAUUAAGUUUCCCCUCAAAAUAAAAAUUAGAGUACAGAAAGAAUCAUAAAUUUCUACGGAGUAUUAGUUGAAGUUGAAAUGCGAGGAGAGCGAUUGUUAUGGAGGGCUAUCAUCUACAACAAACCACCUUUCUCUUCAUUUUCUUCAUCAUCUUCUUCGAUUCAUUCAUCACACUCAACUCAAUUAGGCAGACCCAAACAUCUGGGUUUUGAUCUUCCUGAUGUCUGGCCUUCUGCCGCCUGCUCUCCUCCUUCCACUACACCUCAGUUUGAUGGGCCGAGUGCUGAAAUCAUUAAUGGGAAGUCUAUUGCCGCUCUAAUUAAGUCACAAGUAGCUAGCGAAAUUCUAAGGAUGAAGGACGCAGUUGGGAAGCAACCUGGUUUGGCUGUUGUUUUCGUAGGUGAAAGAAAUGAUUCUCACUCUUUUGUCCGUACCAAGAUGAAAGCUUGUGAUGAUGUUGGAAUCUCUUCAUCUAUGAUUGAGCUGAACGCUGACUGUACAGAGGAUGAAGCUUUUCAUGUUGUUUCAAAACUUAACAAAGAUCCAUCCAUUCAUGGUAUCAUUGUGCAGCUUCCUCUUCCAAAACAUUUGGACGAGGAGAAGAUUUUGAAUGUUGUUAAUCCUGAAAAGGACGUUGAUGGUUUUCAUCCCUUGAAUAUGGGAUGCCUUGCUAUGAAGGGAAGGGAACCCUUUUUUGUUCCAUGCGCUGCCAAAAGUUGUAUUGAUUUGUUGCUGAGGUUUGGUAUUGAAAUUGUGGGAAAGAAUGCGGUUGUGGUCGGGCGAAGCAAACUUGUUGGACUGCCUGUUUCAUUGUUGUUGCAGAGGCACCACGCCACUGUGAGUGUUGUGCAUUCAUUCACCAAGAACCCACAAGAAUUGACUCGUGAGGCAGAUAUAAUCAUCACAGAUGUAGGUGUGCCCAACAUGAUUCGAGGCGAUUGGUUAAAACCAGGCACAGUUGUUAUUGAUGCAGGAACCAAUGCAGUUAAGGACCCAAGUAGGAAACACGGGUUCCACUUAAGUGGUGAUGUAUGCUUUGAAGAAGCCGUAAGGGUGGCAUCUGUAAUCACACCUGUUCCAGGAGGAUUGGGACCUAUAACAAUCUCCAUGCUGCUUUCCAACACCCUCGAUUCUGCUAAACGCGCUUAUGGAUUUGUCUAAGGUUUUGCUUUUAAACUGUAACGGUAGUUUCAACCACGGGCAAAGGUUAUAUGCCGGAAUUGAAGUAGAUAUUUAACGAAUCCCGUUCUUUCAAGAUUCUGAGCUUCUGAAGAACCUAGAUUAUGUAGUAAACCAAUACUAGACCUGAGAAAAGAAUUGUUUAUGCAACGACUUAACAGAUGACAUUUUCAACACGGUGGAUAUAUACGGUAAUGGUUCACCAGACAGCACCGUUGAGCUGGUUUUGCAUGGAUGAAUCUAACCAUGCUAGCAGAUAGCUGCCUCCUUUAUUUCAGUUCUUGUAAAAGUCCUUUUUUUCAUAAUAUGUGCAGGAACUAUGAUGAGCCCAUAGGACUGUUUAAUUUUGGUGUUAAUAUGAUAGCUCCCAUUUCCCACCUCUUUUUGUCAUUUUGUUUUGUAUUUUUAUAUUAAAGCUUCUUGUUUUCAAGGUUCUGUGGUUGACACUUGACAGUGGCGUUGGCAUAUCAGCCAAGACAGCAUUUCCCUUUACAGCAAAUGACUUUUUGGAUUUA